UAGGAUAGAGUCGUGUACUUUAUGAUAAACUUUUGUUUAUGUUGUUUGAGCGAAUUCUCAUUCUAAUUGAGCUAAAUUCUAAAACCCGAUUUGCUGAGUUCCUGCAGAAGAGUCGUUCCCAAACGAACCGAUUCACUGGUGAAUCAUCCAGCACCUGGAUUUAUAUUGAGCUGUCGGGAAUUAACGCACCAUUACUCCGCGAUGUCGAUCCACACCAGAGCGCUGGUUACAGCCAAGUGGCUGUCCGAGGCCAUGAAGACGCGCGCCGGUGCCAAAGUGCGGCUCCUGGACGCGUCCUGGUACUUACCGAAACUAAAGCGUAACUCCGCGAGCGACUUCAAGAAGCGACACAUACCCGGGGCGGCGUAUUUCGACCUGGACCGCUGCAGUGACCGGACCUCUCCGCUGGAUCACAUGCUCCCGCCGGCCGGCACGUUCGCCGAGUACGUCUCGCGCCUUGGGGUGUCCAACGACGCACACGUGGUGGUUUACGACGCGAGCGAGCAGGGCUCGUUUUCCGCGCCGCGCGUCUGGUGGAUGUUCCGGGUGUUCGGUCACGGUGCUGUGUCCGUGCUGGACGGAGGCAUGAAGCACUGGGAGCAGGAAGGGUACCCGGUGACAGAAAAGCGCGUUAAGCCGGAGCCCACGGACUACCGGGCCACGCCGAACCAGACGUGGGUGAAAACCUACCAGGACAUUUUGGAGAAUAUCGAGACCAAAGAGUUUCAGGUGGUGGACGCGCGCCCUGCGGGGAGAUUUAGAGGAAAAGACCCUGAGCCUAGAGACAACACUGAAUCUGGCCACAUCCCCGGUUCCAUCAAUAUACCGUUUACAUCUUUGUUGGGUCCCUCGGGCUUAUUUCUUCCCAUGGAGCAGCUGAAGGCACUGUUUCAGCAGGCUGGUGUCGAUCUACAGCGUCCAUUCUGUGUUACGUGCGGCUCAGCAGUGACGGCGUGUCAUGUUGCUCUGGCAGCCCACGUAUGUGGGCAGCCGAACGUGAGCAUCUACGACGGCGGUUGGUCUGAGUUUUACACACGUGCACCCCCUGAGGACGUCAUCUCCGAGGGACGAGGAAAACAUUUGUGACAAAUGGGAAAAGUGCCCAAAAAAGUCAUUAACUCACUUUUUGAACAUAAACCCAAAAUUAAACCCAAGGGGUUGUGAAAGCUGAAACAACUUUAAAGACCAAUCUCUUUUCAUAUCCGCACCCAAGGGAAGAAGAAAAAAAUGAUGUUCUUAAUAUGAAUAUUGUCUUUCUCAGGAAAAACUAGCCAGUACAUUGUCCAUGUUGUUUGCUAUCUAGCUAGCACUCCAAUGAGCUAGCACUAUUGCAUAUAUUUCCAGCAAUGGGUCAAGAAUUACAGAAAUAUCCUGUGGUUUAUAUUGGUUUGAAUAUGCCCUUGUUGACUUUCUUCACACAACUUACCUCAGGAGUGGUGAAGAAGAAAAAAUACAGUGUUUUUGGAAAAUAGGGAAAAGGUUGCAUCAUUCUUUCUACGUAGAUAGAAUGCUAACUUAGUAUAUUGACCAGUUAGUUUGCUAACUAGCUACCACUACAACUCAUAAACACUCAUUCCUGUUAACUACAUCUCUAGCAAUCUGACUAGAGUUACAGAACUCUUCUGUUAGUAUUUGCUUUGCUUGAAUGCUAAAAUUUACCUCAGAUAAAGCAGGUAUAACGGGGAGCAAAAUUUUGUCAAGCAAUCCUUGUGACCACUAACAACAACUUCUUUGGCAAUUUGUUAAAUCUUGUUUUUUUUUUUUAUAUUGUUUUUAUAACUAUAUAGGAUACAAAACAAAAUAAUGUUCUGGAUAGCUAUUUUGCUAUCUGGCUAGCAUUACAUUUUACCAGCAUUCUAAUUAGCUAAAUUUCCAGUAGCUUGUCUAACUGUACAGAACAACCUGGAGGAUACUGUACAUUACUGCUUUUAGUUAACAAUCCUCAUCUGUACUAUUCAUGCUACUAUAUAAUGGGAGAAGGGUAUAAUAGUGUGUGAAUGUUUGGCAAAAAGUUGUCCUUUAAAUGAAAAUAAAUUAAAUAUUUCAUCACA